CAUUGCUGACGCCAACAGUCUGCAAAAAGCCAGCUCCGGGCCCGCUCUCCCUGAUUCUGUCACCAUGGUUGAAGAAAAGAAAGGGCCAGUUGCUAAGAAGGGCGCUAAGAAAGCGGUGAAGAGGGCGCCAGCGAAAGGCAGCAAGAAGAGGCGAAAGUCCAGGAAAGAAAGUUACUCCAUCUACAUCUACAAAGUGUUGAAGCAGGUUCACCCCGACACCGGGAUCUCCUCCAAGGCCAUGAGUAUCAUGAACUCGUUCGUCAAGGAUAUUUUCGAGCGUAUCGCAGGGGAGGCUUCCCGCUUGACCCGUUACAACAAGCGCAGCACCAUGAGCUCCCGGGAGAUCCAGACUUCCGUACGCCUGCUGCUGCCCGGGGAGCUGGCCAAGCACGCCGUGUCGGAGGGCACGAAGGCGGUGACCAAGUACACCAGCUCCAAGUGAAACGCCACUUGGCACUGAAAAACCCAAAGGCUCUUUUAAGAGCCACCCACAAAUUCCCUUAAACAGCUGAACCUGGAUGUUUUUAAUACUGAUGAACUUUUCUUUGCAGUUGGUGCGGAGAAAUUUUAAAUUUCAGUUCAAUGUUUGCCUUUUCUAAAAUGAUCUGUAAAUUAGAGUGGUCAA